AUGCUCUCGAUGACCUCGUUCGCGCGAAGUGUCAGGCAAGUCACCUCCAAGUGCGCCAAGCUCGCCGAGCCAGACAAUCGGCGUACCCUGCUUCCUGAACUCAUCUCAACACGAUUUUCUCGGGACCGUACCGUCAAGUCCUGCGCCUACCAGCGCGUCGCUACUGGCCAAAGUAUCCCAUCGAUCAUGGAAUCCCUGGCAACCAGUUGCUGUGGGCUUCCAGAUCGGGGUGACGUCAGGAAUCUCGAUCGCUCGAUCGAUGACAUCGCGUCGCGCGAGUUGAAAUACGUGUCGCAUCCCCUGUCCAGCGCCAUGCAAUGCGUUCCUUGA